GUGUUGGGUUAAAUGGGAUGGUGAAAGGUUUCGAGGAAAUAGAAGGGGUGUAAAUGAUUAUACAAUUAGGUUACAACUUACAAGUAGUAUUCUACAAUUUGGUGAACUGAUAGAACUAGUAUUGUCCUGUUGGGAAAACUUGUACUCCGUACUGAGUAGGAAUUGAUGGUCAUUUGGUGAGAAAUUAAGAAGGAAUUAUUCAUUUACAAGCAAUGAAGAAAAAAGUUCGGGGAGUAUUAUUAAAGGAAAAGAAGAGGACUUCGAAAUGUGCAUAUUUUUAAAAGCAACAAAAGGUUAAAGAGAGACGUGUAAUUGUAAUUCAAAGUGGCUCUGGUUUCUGUGAGGGCCUUUUCCUAAUUUCCUGUUAUCUGGAUAUACAGGAAAUAAUAAUUAUUAAUAAUAUUAUUAAAGGGUAAAGUCAGUACGAAGUAGUAAAGAAGAAGCGGUUGCGCUUGAUUUUUUCAAUUCAAGAUACGUAGAGAGGUAGAAUCUUCAUAUACUUCCUCCGUUCUGGAAUGGUCGCACCGUUUAGACUGAAAAUACAUGCCCAUGCACCACUUUGACCACCAAUAUCUUUAACUACUCCGUACAUAUUAUAAAAACUUAUAAGAUAUUAGUAUUUUGAAUAUAUAUAUUAAGAUAAAGUCAACAAUAUACUAUAUAUUAAUAUUUGUUUUCAUAAACUAGAAAUAAAAUAGGGUCAAAGUGAAUUAUGUGAAUAGUGUAAAAAGUUAAAAUUGUCUAAGUAUUCCGAGACGAAGGGAGUAUUGAAUAACUGAAUAAAAAGUCUAAUUAGUAGAAUCUGUUCAUAUACUUCUCUUUAAAGCUUUUGUGUCAAAUGAGGCUUAUGGUACGUUAUAUUCAACGUAUAAGAUUUGAACUUAUCAGAACUUAUAAAACCUUAUUUAACUUUUAUGAUUUUUUAAAUUAUUUAAACUCAAAUUAAGUUAUUAGACCUAAAAUUUAUGGAGUAUUUAAAUAAAGUGUUAUGAAUUGGAAAAUACACAACCUAAUGGCUUAGACGGAAGGCAUUAGUUUAAAAGCUAAUCUACAAAGUCAUACCAAUGUUAGUAACCACAAAAUUAAACAAUACUAGGACAUUGUUUUAGUACUAAUGCAGGCCACGAAGUUGGAUUUGAGGCUGUAUAAACAAAAUUAAACAAUUAAUGUUUUUAUUUUUCUUUGACAUUAGCUAAAUAAUUAAUGUUGAUUAAACCAGAAACUCGAUAAGUUAAAGGCUAACAUGGGUUAACACGACGUGCAAGAGAUAUGAAGAAUAUGAGGUUUCUGAAAAUGUUAUUAAAAUCGGAACAAAUCAUUGAGUAAUACCAACUAAACAAUUGACUCUACCCACGAGAAAAUAAUAAUCAAGAAUUAAUGUCAUGCAAGCAACGAAUGGUCCAAUGACACUUUUCCGCAAUAAACCCAACUUAAUUCCUACGUUAAUUAUUGGUAAUUUUGACUCCGCUUAAUUCCUUAUACUAUCAAAGAUUCAAAGUAGGAAAAAUUGAUAUUAUCGGUCUUAACUAUGGCCUAUUUACUUUAAAAGGUCCAAACUUUUAAUUAUCUCAGAGUGGUCCCAACUAUAAAGGGUCCUUUUAAAAAAUAGUCCCUUAGUUAAAAUUAAGUGCUAUGUAACUUAAUUAAGACUCAUAUCUCUCAUCCAAUAAUCAUGUUUUUAAAUUAAAUUAAGUUAAUGGAAUAGUAUGAUAUGCUUAAAUCAAUUUAAUUAACAGGUUAAUUAAGCUAAAGGACCAUUCUCGGAAAACACACCUCAAAGUUGAGACCACACUAGAAUAAUCAAAAGUUGUGACCUUUUAAAGUGAAGUGACCAUAGUUGGGACUGUCAGUAUCAAUUUUUCCUUCAAAGUACGUAGUACGAAAUAUUUGUCUUAGCAAUUUCGAAACUUUUUGUUUUGGAUAUGGAUGCAUAAUAUUGUAAAUUUUAAAUAUCACAUAUAAAUGCUUCCUUUUUAUCAGUAAGGUAAAAAAAGGUAAUUAAAAUAUAUAAAAUGUUACCAAAAGCAUGAUAAAAGUUACGGAAUGUUCCGAUUUAUAAUAAAUUUGUUGUAUACAAAGUGCGUAUAAGACAUUUUAGACAUUUUAAAUAUUGAACGAACAGAUAAAUUUUACGGAAUAAUGCAUUGAAAUUAAACUUAUUGGAAAAUUGGAAUUGUUCCACUUAGGAAGUUCAAACCAAUAUCUCUGAACAUUUCCAACAUCAACUUCUUUGUAUUAUCACCUUUAAAAUUCAACUAGUAACAUACGGCCGAGUACUUCGUUAAAUGUUUUUUUUUUUUUUUUUUUUUGUGUGUGACAAACCUUUCUCUAGAAUUAGCUUAAACCAAAUUUAUCAGUUUUUGGUAUUUUUUUUUAGUUCAAGCACAAGUAUAAGUUUUGGGUACUUUUAUCUAGGAUUAGCUUAAGCAAACUUAUCAAUACAUUUUUUUAGUUUUUUGUUCUGUCCUAUGCUUCAGCUUCUACCAAUCAUACAUUAUUAUUCAUAUUAUUUUUAUUAUUAAUAAUACCUUAAUAAUAAUAAUAUUACUAUUAAUAUUGUUAUGGUAAUAAUAAUUAUUAUAAUAAUAUUUAUAUUAAUAUUGUUAUGGCAAUAAUAAUAAUACCAAAUUAAUUAAUUAAUCUCACCUUAAAAUACCAAUAUCUACGUAUUGUAUACUUGAGUUUCACUUCCCCACCCUCCCAUUCCAUAAAAAAGCUCGUUCCCUCUUUUUUCCUUCGUCUUCCCCUACUUUCUCUCUCUUCGACAAUACUACCAAGCGCCAUGAAAGACGAUCAAGAUCAUCAUCACCAGCAGCAUCAUCAUCCUUUCCACCAUAGAAGAUUCUGGAAACUUUCCGGAAAUUAUCUACGUAACCCAAAGCCCGCGGCGUAUCUUAUCCUCCUUAUCUUAACGUACGCACUUGGCUAUUUUACCGCCUCACCUUCUCUCUCCUCCAAUCAAAUUACUACUACUGCUGCUACUUCUUCAUCGACUCCAACUGUAUCCACAACCUUAACGACUUGUAACUGCCCUCCGGCCGCGUCGCCACCGAUUCUCGACAAGAACAACGAUCACAAUCGGUUUGGACCGGAGUGUGCGAACCCGAUUCCACCUGAGUUAACCCGGUCCACUAUUUUGAACCGAGUUUUCAACGGGACCUCCCCGUACGAUAACUUCCCUCCGCCCCACUUGGCGAAUUUACUACUUCCCAAGAGAGUCAAAGGGUGGGGAUCAAACGGUGCCGUUUUCGAGAACCUUAUCAACAAAGUUCGCCCAAAGGUGAUCAUCGAAGUCGGAACAUUCUUAGGCGCGUCAGCAACCCACAUGGCCGGGUUGACUCGUCAACUCGGUCUCGACACGCAAAUUCUCUGCCUCGACGAUUUUAGGGGUUGGCUUGGGUUUCGAGACCGAACCGAAUACGUCCCCAUCCAAAACGGCGACGUAUUGCUGAUGGCUCAAUUCCUCCAAAAUGUUGUGUACUACAACGCGACCGAGUCGAUACUGCCGAUUCCGUUCUCGACUGGGUCAACUCUGCAGAAACUUUGCGAGAUGGGGGUAAUGGCGGAUUUGAUAGAGGUGGAUGCGGGUCACGACUUUCAUUCGGCUUGGUCGGAUAUAAACUGGGCCCACAAGCUGCUUAGGCCAGGUGGGGUGAUGUUUGGGCAUGAUUAUCAUACAAAGUAUGAUAAUAGAGGUGUUAGGAGAGCCGUUGAUUUGUUUGCUAAGGUUCAUGGGUUUAAGGUUAAGGUUGAUGGUCAACACUGGGUCAUUGAAUGACUCAAGCACCUCCAUCUUGUACUCGGGAGAUUGGUGUACCUGGAUACAAAAUAGAUUACAAUACACAGACAUUAUGCAAAUAGUGUGAGAUACAUCACAUUUAACAGUUAGCUCAAAUGUUUACAAUUAGAUCAAUGUUUCUAUACGGUUACGUUGUAGGAAAUUAAGAAAUGAAAUUAAAGGAUAAGAUAUUUUUGAAUUCUUUUGUAUUCUCAUUCAUCUGUGGUUGGAAAAAUAA